AUGAAGUGUCUCGAUAUUCCCGUGGACCACCGCCUCCUCCCAAUAAUCCAGCAAAUGAAAAUCCCGCCGAGCGAACAACCCAGCUCGCAUCUCACGAUCCUCAACAACUUCGCCGAAAACCAUCCAACCGGAACCCCAAUCCCGAGCAGCGAAAUCCAUCACGGCUUAGAGCUCGCGGGACCCGACCGAAAGGGAGGCGUCCUAGUCACGCUACUCCAGCCGCCGCGAACGCAGACAUAUGAGAAUGGCUAUCCCGCAGAUCUAGCAAGCUGCCCCACGACCAAGGCCGUCAAUGAGCUGAUAGCCACGGCAACCAACCAUCAGCUAAGCAUCGACGAAGUUUGUGCGUUUGAUCGCCUGCCCUAUGUGCACGGGGGUUUCAACAACGACGACGACGAAGUUAUCCAAGAGGCCGAGCGCACUUUUGAGGAUAUGGUGCGGACCAAAGAGCCCCAGGUCGUCCUUUGCUGCUAUGGUCAGAAAUCAUCCCUGAUGAGAGGCGAAAUAACCUGGGGUCUGUAUGGUCAGGGUGUGGGGGAAGUGUUCAAGGUACCUGAAUUCGCGAUCAGUUCGGAUUGCACGACGAAGCGAGUGAACGCGUUUCAUCCCAGCUAUGCGGUCAACUACUACACAUCUUACAGCUGUUUUCGGCGGCUGCUUCUCUUGGAAUUUGUCCAGGCUUUUUGCUUGCUGGUCGGACCAUGGAAAGAAGAACAGUGGAUGAGAGACUUGCGCUCUGAAUGUUCCAGUCUUGGGAAACGACUCUACAGUAAUGGAUUUUGGAUGAACCCCCUUUUUCUUUUUCUAUCUGUGUACUGA